CGUCAUCCAAACCGGUGUGACGUUUUCCCUGUGGACCCAAAAGAAAACGUUAGACAGAAUGAUAAGUCACUGUUCACUUUCAUUUUAUGGAAAAUGAUCUAAUGAAAGUAAACGGUGACUGAGGCUGUCAUUCUCCUUUUGUGUUCCAUAGAGCAAAGUCACGUGUUUAAACCCAGAGACAAUGGCCCUGAGGGGAUGGAGCCAGAUGGAGUCAUUGAGAGCAACUGGAAGGAGAUUGUUGAUAGUUUUGAUGAUAUGAACCUGCGAGAGGCUCUUCUCAGAGGAAUCUAUGCUUAUGGUUUUGAGAAACCUUCUGCCAUUCAGCAGAGGGCAAUUCUCCCUUGUAUCAAGGGUUAUGAUGUCAUUGCACAGGCUCAGUCUGGCACCGGAAAGACCGCCACCUUUGCGAUCUCCAUCCUGCAGCAUGUUGAUGUGGACCUGAAGGCUACACAAGCUAUGGUGCUGGCUCCUACCAGAGAGCUUGCCCAACAGAUUCAGAAGGUGGUGCUGGCUCUUGGAGACUACAUGGGGGCAUCCUGCCAUGCCUGUAUUGGUGGCACCAAUGUCCGUAAUGACGUUCAGAAGCUUCAGGCUGAUGUGCCCCACAUAGUGGUUGGAACCCCUGGCCGUGUGUUUGACAUGCUUAACCGCAGAUAUCUUUCUCCCAAAUAUAUAAAGAUGUUUGCACUGGAUGAGGCAGAUGAAAUGUUAAGCCGUGGUUUCAAGGACCAAAUCUACGAGAUCUUUCAGAAGUUGGGUACAGAUACUCAGGUGAUUCUUUUGUCUGCCACCAUGCCUCAGGAGGUGCUGGAGGUGACCACAAAGUUCAUGAGAGAUCCUAUUCGUAUCCUAGUUAAGAAGGAAGAGCUGACCCUUGAGGGUAUCCGGCAGUUCUACAUCAAUGUUGAGAAAGAGGAGUGGAAGUUGGACACAUUGUGUGAUCUUUACGAAACCCUGACCAUUACUCAGGCUGUCAUUUUCAUCAACACUCGUAGAAAGGUGGACUGGCUGACUGAGAAAAUGCAUGCGAGGGACUUCACUGUUUCUGCACUGCACGGUGACAUGGAGCAGAAGGAGAGGGACAUCAUCAUGAAAGAGUUCCGCUCUGGCUCCAGCCGAGUCCUCAUCACUACUGACCUGCUGGCAAGAGGCAUUGAUGUGCAGCAGGUUUCCCUGGUAAUCAACUAUGACCUUCCAACCAACAGGGAGAACUAUAUCCACCGAAUUGGACGUGGUGGCCGUUUUGGCAGAAAGGGUGUUGCUAUCAACAUGGUCACUGAAGAUGACAAGCGCACACUCCGAGACAUUGAGACCUUCUACAAUACUACAGUGGAGGAAAUGCCCAUGAACGUUGCUGAUUUGAUCUAAGAACCUGCCUCAUGCUUUCCCAAAAAAUAUAUAUUUUUUUCCUCCAUUCCCUCUUUAGUCUCAAUCCAACCCACAUCCAUUUUCACGCAACUCCCUCACAAAUCAAGUACUGUUAAUUCUGAGGGUGCGCUUUUUUCAUAAAUCCAGUAUGUCGGUCACAUCACUCAAUUAUUCAGAAUGAAUACUCCAUAUUCCUAAGGCUCAUUUAAUCUAGACCUUUUUGAGUAGUGCCAUCUACUGAUCAAGAGGCGGCGUUUCAAGGCUUUUUUGCAUGUAUGGUGUUAAUUUUAAUGCACUGACUGGCAUAAUGGAUUCAAGACAUGUCCUGCUUUUCUUGAGUGUUGGUUUAACCAAUUUUGAGAUGUGACUGUUUAACAUUGGAAUUUUUUUUUUUUUUUUUUUUUUUUUGGUAACACAGGGCAAAUGAUGUAAAAUACAGAAUUAUUCCUGUUUUAUAUGGGGAACUUGGACUUUUGUUCCAAAUCUUGGUCACUGCCAUUUUCCUUUUACAGAAGCAUCUGUUACUGCCAGAUGCUUCAGUCCAAAAGGAAGCUGGAUUGUGAGAACAAACCAGAUUGUAAAGUUGCAAAAUGUGGUAAAGUCUUUUUUUUUUUUCUUUUUUUUUGGUCCGAUUUUUCUGUUACAUCUCAUGUUUUGACCUGUGUGUGUGGUUGUAGCUUUUUGAGUUUUGUAAAUAGGCUUUACUGUGGCAGGAUGGGUGGCUGAAGGCAUUGGAAAUGAAUUUGGUAUGGCUGGUUGACACCCUACCUUUGUAUUGCCUCAGAUUUCUCUGCAUCAAAGUCCUAUCGGGGAGUGUUGCUCCUACAACCUACCUCACCAAACUGUGUUGGAUGGGUCUAAAUAUGUAAAGGACCAAACUGCAGUAGUAGAGUAUAUAGAGAUCAUUGUCUUUGUAUUGUUCAAAAAAUGCCUGUCUUUUGUUGGGUAGGUUUGGAUGUGGGGUUUACAUUGGUCAGUGCUAUUUUUUUAAACAAAUUUAUUACAAAUGUGAUGAUUAACCUUUUUUGAGAUGGAAGCCAUGUAUUAAAUGUUUUCUACAUUGGACUCUGCAUAGUAUUUAUUUUAAUGGUCUGAAAUAAAGGUAUUUCCCAUUUUUAACAUGCUAA